AUGACGGCCGAAUUUCCACCUGCUGAGGCGUCUCGCAUUGUAAAACGCAUCUCAGAAAUUCUAAUUGAGCGCAAUGAAACUAUGGCGGUCAGCGAGGCCGCUUGUGGCGGACUGAUUUCCAGCUAUUUGGUCUCGAUACCUGGCGCGUCUGAAUGGUUUCACGGCGGCAUCAUGGUCUACAGUCUAAAAAGCCGGCUGAAACUGAGUGGGUGGAAUGAACAAGAAAUUCACAAUUAUACUGGCCCCAGCGUGGACGUCGCUCUGCGUUUGGCACGCAAUCUCAAAUUCGAGCUCGGUGCCACUUACACUUUGUCAGAAACGGGGUACGCGUCACGGUCCCCUAUGCUGAAGCCCUCCGAGAGUAAACAGUCCGUGGGAGUUGUGUUUUACGGGGUUUCAGGACCUCGUGAAGACGUCUCUGCAACCCAUGAUACCGAAAGCGAGGAUAGAUGUCACAACAUGCAGCAGUUCGCCAUCCAUGGACUCAAGUUUUUAAUGCAACAAUUGGAAAAAUCGACAAAAGAGCCGGAAAAGGAACCCACUUUGGAAGUCGAGGAACCAGAACGCAAGAAAUCCAAGCUUAGCAGUGCUUGA